CAGCCGAAUCUCGAGCCCCAUUAGUACUACUUUAUUGGCAUUUUGCCAGAUUUCGUUACAUAGCUUGGAUUCCUCUAUGCUAUUGCUAUUUUCUUUCAUUUUACUUUCCGGGAAAAUAUUUUUUACUUUCAUCUGGUGGCGAAUUCUUUUUUCCUUAGAGGAGUUACAGUCACUGACAAAGCAAAGAUGAAGACAAUGUGGGGCCUUACGAGGCAAAGAAUGGGUUGUGAAGGCUCCUCUGUUUCGCUCUUGCAAAGGAUUCGUCUUGCACAAUCUGCAUUGCGAAACUACUCCUAUGCAGCUAAGGAGAUGACAGUAAGAGAUGCUUUGAAUUCUGCACUUGAUGAAGAAAUGUCUGCCGAUCCUAAAGUUGUUUUGAUGGGAGAAGAGGUUGGUGAAUAUCAGGGUGCAUACAAGAUUACCAAAGGGCUUUUGGAGAAGUAUGGUCCUGAGAGAGUGCUCGACACCCCAAUCACUGAGGCUGGCUUUACAGGGAUUGCAGUUGGUGCUGCUUACCAUGGUCUUAAGCCUGUCGUUGAAUUUAUGACAUUUAACUUCUCCAUGCAGGCCAUUGAUCAUAUUAUCAAUUCUGCUUCACGAGCACAUUAUAUGUCUGGUGGUCAAAUUUCUGUACCUAUUGUUUUCCGCGGACCAAAUGGUGCUGCUGCUGGAGUUGGUGCUCAGCAUUCACAGUGUUAUGCAACUUGGUUUGGUUCUUGCCCUGGUUUGAAGGUGCUAGCUCCAUAUUCAUCAGAAGAUGCUCGAGGUCUGCUAAAGGCUGCUAUAAGGGACCCUGACCCAGUUAUCUUCCUUGAAAAUGAGUUAUUAUAUGGUGAGAAAUUUCCACUUUCACCAGAAGCUCUUGAUUCCACUUUCUGCCUUCCAAUCGGGAAAGCUAAGAUAGAACAAGAAGGAAAGGAUGUAACUAUUACGGCAUUCUCAAAGAUGGUUGGCCUUGCUCUUAAGGCAGCUGAGAUGCUUGCUAAGGAAGGAAUUAGCGCGGAGGUUAUAAAUUUGCGUUCUAUUCGGCCCCUUGAUAGAGCCACAAUAAAUGCUUCUGUCAGGAAAACUACCAGGCUCGUUACUGUUGAAGAAGGGUUUCCGCAACAUGGUGUUGGUGCUGAGAUAUGCACAUCUGUUGUUGAAGAGAGCUUUGAGUAUCUCGAUGCACCUGUUGAGAGGAUUGCAGGAGCUGAUAUUCCCAUGCCUUAUGCUGCAAAUCUUGAGAGGAUAGCUCUCCCACAGGUUGAGGAUAUAGUCCGAGCAGCAAAGAGGACUUGUCGAUCAGUUUCAGUGUCUGCUUUUAUUUGGCUUGAAGAGCUUGUUUAAGGAUCUUGUAUUUGAUUUCAUUUCAGUCUUCGUUCAGGGAACCAUGCGGAAUGUCUUCGGGCUUAGCUCACUCACUCUUAUAGUCUUAUUUAGGGAAAUAAAGGGUUACAAUACUUUUUUCCUUUGUCUCAGUUUAUAGAGAACGGUUGUAAAUUGACAUAAAAAAACAUUAAAGGCGUAGAUUUCUUCCACAGAUUA